ACUAAAUCAUCACUGCAUUGAAACACUCACACAAAGACAACAUCAGUCUUUCGUCAACCUACACAACCACAACAACAACUCAAUUCCUCUCAAAAGAACAACCACUUCUAUCAAAAUGGGUGACUGCGGCUGCUCCGGCGCUUCUUCCUGCAACUGCGGCUCUGGCUGCUCUUGCUCCAACUGCGGCAGCAAGUAAAUUUACCUCUCCGCACUGCUCAAUGCAUCCACGUACCCGAGCGACCAUGAGCUUUCUUUGAAUCACUAGUCGCAGCGACAGCGCGUAAGGUUGGGAGACCUUUGGCUGCCUGACAUAACCGACCGGCAUACCAACCAACGUACUUGCUUGAUGGAAUCUUUUCGCCUGGAGCAAUGGAACGGCGACGACAAAGAGUGGUCUCUCUCUUGCUUUAGGGAAACAACGGCAGCUUUGGGUUUCGGAGUUUCCGGGGGGUUUUGUUCCUAUUUCGCCAUGACGCCCAUUGGCACUUUCCCCCUUUGGAGAGAUAUGGAUUAGAUGAAAACAAAACAAGUCUUUUCCCUCCUUCACAGAUAAUAUUACUCUUGAGAU